UAUCUCGAAACAAAAACCUUUUCUUUCCCUCUUCUGAAAAUCCCCUAUUCUUUCAAUUUCAGCUCUCUGCUUUCCCUUGACUUUGCUCUUGAUUUUUCGUCCAAGCAGAAGAGGAAACAAGAAAUAAGGGUUUUGUGCUAAGUUUACUUAGAUGAUCAAAAGACUUCAGUUUUAAGCUGAUCAGACAAUUUUUCCUACUUGAAAAGCAAGAAGAUAAGACAUCGGUGCUGUGGAAGGUCCCACAUCAUGCUCCUUUACAAUUAGUGCCUCUGGAUGUCUUGCACAAAAGCUAUAGGGCCAAUUUGGAUUUAGAAAGCUCAGGUCACCUUGCUUGAAUCAAAAGCGGUGUCGUUUAACCUGUAGAUUAAAAGUGGAAGAUUUUUGUACUUUGUUUGGGCUGUGUGUACAAUUCUGAUGGCAAGCAAUACAAGUUUGGACGAGCGAAGAAAACGGACUCUUGAUGCAUUGCAAAGAAGGUUUGCUCAAGAAGAAGCAGAGCAUGAACUUCAGCAAAAGAAGAGCAAGAAAAGGGUCCAGGAGGGAAAGGAUAAAAUCCCGUCUGGCAUUAGUCAUCCCUCUGCUGAUGCAUCGGCCAUUGCGGCUCCCUCGAGUUUGUCAGCUAAGAAAGGAAGCAUUUCUUUCUCGUCUCAUACAAGUAAAGAAGAAGCAAGUGAUCCGGCAUACUUUGGACUCUCCAAUAGCGUGCAAGAAAAUUUGCUUAGAGAUGGUGAUGAGAUUUCUGAUAAGCGCUCCAUAGUUGAUUAUCUAUUGCACGACCUUUUUCAACAUGGUGAUGCGGCUGACAAGUACAUGCAAGGAUCUAAAAGCAUAAAAAUUGACAAUUGGAUCCUUCUUGAUAACUUUGUCCAAAAAAGUGGAACAGCUGCUGCUGCACGAGUUCGUGCUCUACAAACACAUUCCAGAAGAUCUAAGAGGCACAUGUCUCUGAAGCAACACAAAAAGUGUGGUUCAUUUCAUUUGCCUCAACAGCUUCGCAACUUUGAACUCUUUAAGCCGAUGCAUGAAAUGUGGAAAAGCUAUAUAAGUCAGCUUCUGAAGCAUGUUGGGAAAAAUCAAUUGGCCCAAUGUCUCCUCAACGCGGAUUUACAUGGUUCUGUCAUUUUAGUUGUUGAAUGCAAAAUAGAAGCCUUACAUGGAGUUCAUGGUAUCAUGAUUUGCGAAACUGCUGAAACAUUUGGAAUAAUUACAGAAGAUAAUAAGUUUCAAGUUGUGCCCAAGAAGCUUUCUGUUUUCAUGCUUCAAGCUGAUAGUUGGAAAAUUACACUUCAUGGAGACAAACUUACUUCAAGACCUCUGGUCCCUUAAUUUGGUUACUCUUAAUUUGUUGUGGUAAGCUUCAUUUCCUGCAUUGAGUAUUAGAAGUUUGCUUCUGUUAUGUGGCCUUUGUUUCCAUUGAGGCUUCAGACUGUUUGGCUAUCAGGACGUGCAGUGUGUGGCGUUAAUAUUUAUUACUAUAAUUGUUCUUUUUUCGUAAAUGGUGAAAGGGGUUGUCCAGAUGUGUUUUUGGGCGGGGGAAGGGGGAGGGUUCUCAUGUUAUACAUUCUUAGACUGUUGGAGCACAGUGCAUUCGUGAUUUAUGGCUUAUGCAUGUUGUAACUUGAUGUAUCACUGAGAUGGUUUCUUUG